CACGAUUAGCCCUGUCUAACAUGCUCCGUCAACGACCCAAUGCCCGCUCACAUAAUAACCCAAUCUCCUUUUCCCACUGUCAUUCUAAUGGAGACGACGAUGAUGCUUUUCGAUGUUCGUUAAAUUUCUUAUUGGCAGAUCGAAUAUCCUUUUGCAGACCGUGAACAUCAAUCAAUUGGCCGGACUUCUGUCACUGGCGUGGAAACCAGGUCUGCCUCCGUUCAGACCAAAUCAUUCUAGAUCCUGCUGCGGAUAAACUCAGAGUUUGAACUUUUUACUGCUCGAUUAGGUAUUAUAUCAGUUGAACCGAAAUUCGUAAGUCAAAUUAUGGAUUAAGCGGAAUAUUCUUCAUUUCUUUUCACACUUUGCAGAAAAACGUAAUCACUUCCGAUUCAAUUAUUGUUCUAUGUAUAGUAUGGAGGACGGUAGGAAGUUUUCGAGGGCAAACGGCGUUGAAAUGCCGGAAACAGUUUUACAGUGUGUAAUAAGUAAUUAUAUACACGAUCCGCGUGACCGCGACGCUCUUUCACUUGUUUGUCGGCGGUGGUACGAGAUUGAUUCAACGACGAGAAAGCAUGUCACGAUAGCUCUCUGUUACUCGUCUACACCGAAUCAGCUGUUACGUAGGUUCCCCAAUCUUAAUUCGAUCACACUUAAGGGAAAACCUAGGGCCGCCAUGUUCAAUCUAAUACCUGAGAAUUGGGGAGGUUAUGCUACUCCUUGGGUGGAGGAAUUCGCUAGGUCGUUUAAUUCAUUGACUACUAUUCAUUUUCGAAGGAUGAUUGUUAAGGACUCGGAUCUUGAGCUUCUUGCUCGAUCUCGUGCUAAAGUAUUGAUUGCAGUAAAACUUGACAAGUGUUCGGGAUUUUCUACUGAUGGGAUUCUGUGUAUUGCUCGUCACUGCAAGAAUCUAAGAACCUUGUUCCUGGAAGAGAGCAACAUCAAAGAGAAGGAUGGAGAAUGGUUGCACGAGCUUGCAUUGAACAAUACUGUCCUCGAAACUUUAAACUUCUACAUGACAGAUCUCAAUCUAAUCAAAUCUGGAGAUCUUGAACAUAUUGCAAGAAAUUGUCCUUCUUUAGUCUCUGUGAAAAUUAAUGAAUGUGAACUACUUGAGCUUUGUGGUUUCUUUCAAGCUGCAGUUGGGCUACAAGAGUUUGCCGGGGGUUCUUUUGGCGAACAACCCGAAAAAUAUUCUGCAUUAUCUUUCCCCCAAAGACUAUGUGGUUUGGGUUUCACAUAUAUGGGACGGAAAGAGAUGUUCAUUAUAUUUCCUGUUAGACUACAAUUACGAAGAUUAGACCUCCUUUACGCAUUUCUGGAUACAGAGGAUCAUUGUCUCUUGAUUCAACAGUGUCCCAACUUGGAGGUUCUAGAGACAAGGAAUGUCAUUGGGGACCAGGGAUUAGAAGCCCUUGCCCAGUAUUGCAAAAAACUGAAGAGGUUGAGAAUCGAGCGUGGAGCCGAUGAACGCGGAAUCGAGGAUGAAGGAGGUUUAGUCUCACAAAGAGGACUGACAGCUCUAGCACAUGGCUGCGUUGAGCUUGAAUACAUAGCAGUUUACGUAACUGACAUCACUAACGCCUGUUUCGAAUGCAUCGGUUCAAAACUCAAGAACCUGAGAGACUUCCGUUUUGUCUUGCUGGAUCGAGAAGAAAGGAUAACUGACUUACCCCUUGACAAUGGCGUCCGCGCCUUAUUACAAGGUUGUCAGAAACUUAAAAGAUUUGCUCUGUACGUCAGGCCAGGUGGCCUGACGGAUGUUGGAAUGGGUUAUAUAGGAAGGUACAGCCAAAAUGUAAGAUGGAUGCUUUUAGGGUAUGUUGGAGAAUCGGAUGCGGGUCUUAUACAAUUCUCUGCAGGAUGCCCUAGCUUACAGAAGCUGGAAAUGAGGGGAUGUUGUUUUAGUGAAGGGGCUUUAGCACUGGCUACUCUGCGUUUAACUUCGCUGAAGUAUUUUUGGAUUCAAGGCUAUCGAUCGACGAAUGCACGCGAUCUGUUGAUCAUGACUCGCCCGUUCUGGAAUAUUGAGGUUAUUCCAGCUACGAGAAUUGUGGCUGAUGUUGAAGAAGAUCAAGGUGCGGAAAUGCCAGUGAUAAUUGAGCAUCCAGCUCAUAUACUAGCUUACUUUUCUCUAGCAGGGCAAAGAACGGAUUUUCCUGAGGAAGGUGUUAUGCCAUUGGAAGCUGCGUAAGAUUUUGUUGGUGAUUGAUCUUAUAUAUACUAUUCGCUUGUUUCAGUUGGUCUUUGUUGUAACUUAAAUAACUUUUGAAAUUGGUUCCUACUUUGUGUUGUUGCUUAUAUUAAUUGUAAGUUUGUGCCGGACUUGGGCAAGUGUCGAUUGAUCGAUCUGUUUCAAGGUUGUGGUUCUAAUAGAAUGUUGUAAUGUUUAUGUUGUACAUAAGAACACAAGAUGAUUUCUGCUAUUUUUCA